AUGAGUUUUCAGAUUUCUUUUGAUAGCCAUUCCCAGAUUGCAUGGACUAGGUCACUUUGCCGUACAUCAACGGGAUUGCCUUUCCAGAAAAUUCGAAAAAUUGAAUUUUCUGUCCAGGUUGCUGGCCAAAAACUUUGUAGCCCAGGACGCAACGCUUGUUAUCGCUGGAAAAUUGCCCGAUUGAUCAUAAGACGCUACUGGGCUUUUUCUUUCCAUCUCUGAAGACACUGUAUCCCCACAAGGUAA